AUGGUUACUAAUGGGAUUAAUGGAACGGGUCCAAAUUGUAAUUACAAACGUACUAUCUUGAUAACCGGUGCUACAGAUGGAGUUGGUAGGUCGAUUUUAUAAUUUAUUUCAAUUUGUUCUCUCUACGAUUUUAGAAAUAUUAAUGUCGUUCUGAACUCUUAUUUCUUUUUAUAUACGUCUUUAUUGUCUAGACCUGUGAAAAACGAUCCUUAGUACCUUUAAAUAAAUCAUUCUGACGUUUUUUAGGUAAACAAUUGGCUCGGGAGCUGGUUAACAACAAAGAGAACUUCGUGAUUAUCCACGGUCGAUGUGAAAGGAAAUGCUUGGCAACAUUGGAAGAGUUUGCAGCUGGACCAUACGAGUAUAACAAUGGCAGUACGAUCUCGCUGGGAUCAGCCAUUAAUGGUAACAAGCAGAAUGGAGUACAUCACGAGCUCCUAGACAACGCGACCUUUGUCAACGCUGACUUUAGCGAGUUCAAACAGGUGCGUACCUACGUAAAAGAGUACCAAUUUUUUUUUACUUUUGUGUUUUGUUGCGACUAGCCAUUUUGAAUUGAUGUAAACUUUAUGUUUUAAGGUUUUGAAGUUCAUCGACAAAAUAAAAGUGUCAUAUCCGAAGGUAAACACUGUGAUAUGUUGUGCGGUUACGAUGCCUACUCGUCGUCUCCAGACCAAAGAUGGACUAGAAAUGCAGUUCCAGGUGAACCAUCUGUCCCACUUUGCCAUUCUGAAUGCGUUGUUGCCGUUGUUGGAAUCGAAUGUGCCCUCCAGAGUAUUAACUGUGGGGAGUAUGUUACACUCAAUGAAUCAUAUCGACUGGGAAGACGUGAACUGUGUCAAGAUCUACGACAAGUUCCAGCAGUACUCGAGGACGAUGCUCAUGAACCACAUGAUGACUUUCUGUCUACACAGACUCUUCUUCAAACAUCACAUGGAGUUCAGGGUCACGGCCAAUGUGGUGGAUGCUGAUCAGAAAACGGACAGAAAAGGGGCCAAGUAAGUGUUUUAUUACAAUAAUACCACAGUAAAUUUAAUAAGAGAUUGAGAAUAUAAUUAUAUGGCUUUCAGGAACUACAUCAUGAACGAUAUCAGUGCCUCAGAAACCCAUUUAUGUUCCCAUUCCAACGCUAUCCAGACACUAGUCCGACUGGUCGAGUGGGAGGACUACAAGCACACCAGUGGCAAGUACUACAACUCUCUCGGCAAAGAAACACAGUCUGCUUCGGAGAUACGAGAUGUACGACUACAGAAUCGUAUGUGGCAGGUCAGUACGGAGUUCACUCGAAGAUACGGAGGAGAAACACAGCAGAACAACAUGGUGUAA